CUGCUCUCAGUCCAGCUCCUCUUUAUUCCCCCUCUCUCUUCCCCUCCGUCUUCCUCCCCCCGCCACGCGUUCUUCCAUUCGAUCCUGGGGAGUUCUUUCGCGUGCUUCCCUGCUUUCUCUGGCUCGUGUUGCAUGGUGGUUCAUGACUGUAUCCUCUAGGUGUUGAGCCUCUUGGCCUGGCUAAUCAACCCCUCAUCUUCCCCGUUCCUGUCUCUACUAAACAAAACAUCCCCCCCUCCGCCUCCUCCACGCGACGACCAUGGCCACGAAGGAGGGUUCCGCCGGACAGGCCUUUGGCCCUGUUCUGGCCGCCGUCGCUACGAUGCAAGGAAACGUUUCACGAUCCGAAAAGACGCAUGCUCAUGAGUUCCUGGAGAAGUUCCAGAAAUCGAUAGAGGCAUGGACGAUUACCCACGAGCUCUUGCAGUCCCCUGACGUCCCUGUCGAAGCCAAAUUGUUCGCGGCGACUACGUUGAAAGGAAAGAUUAUGUUCGAUUUGGAUCAGUUACCGGCAGAAUCGGUGGUGGCGUUGCGAGACUCGGUCAUGAAUCUGCUCGUGGCUUUUACGUCGGGCCCCCGCCCGAUACAAACGCAGCUAUGCGUGUGUCUGGCCAGUCUCGCCAUCCAGAUGCUCGAAUGGAAAGAUGUUCUCGCAUCGGUGGGCUCGGCACUGGGAAGCAGCGCGGGCGAUUGCGUGCUGGAAUUUCUGAAGAUUCUCCCCGAAGAAGUGACGGAAGGUCGCAAGAUCAAUCUGAGUGAAGAUGACCUUAUCACUCGGACCAAGGAACUGUUGGAGGACAAUGCGGAGCAAGUGAUGCAUCUAUUAAUACAGUACGCGCAGUCGUCUCCGACCGCAUCCACCAACCCGCGUCUCCUGGACUGCAUCACAUCUUGGAUGCGUGAAAUCCCCGCGGCAAAGAUCGUUGAGUCCCCCUUGUUGGAUAUCGUCCUCAAGGGUCUGGACAACGAUGUCUCCUUCGAAUCCGCCGUUGACAGCAUGUGCACGUUGUACCGCGACACUCGCGAGGUUGAUGAGUCAUUGUCCAUCAUCCAAGCUCUGUACCCACGCCUUAUGACACUCCGCCCGAAGAUUGCCGAAUUCGCCGAAACCGAGGACACAGAUGCAUUCAGAGGGAUCACAAGGUUGUUCGCCGAGGCUGGUGAAGCGUGGGUGGUGUUGGCUGCUCGCCUGCCGACCGAAUUUCGAGGGUUGGUGGAGGCGGUCCUGGAAUGUUGCGCUCGGGACUGGGAUCGUGACGCCGUCUCCCUUACCUUUGUCUUUUGGUACGAGUUGAAGCAGUAUGUCACAUUGGAGCGAUACACGGAUUCGCGGGUCUGCUUCAGCGACAUCUUCUCCCAGCUGGUGGAUAUCAUGGUCAAGCACCUCGAGUACCCCCGUCCGGAUGAUGGCGAGGUUGAUUUGUUCGGUGGUGAUCGGGAGCAGGAAGAAAAGUUCCGCCAUUUCCGCCAUUCGAUGGGUGACGUGCUCAAGGACUGUUGCGCUGUUAUCGGAGUUAGCGAGUGUUUGACGAAGGCGUACCAGUUGAUUCAGCAGUGGGUCUCCAAGUAUGCCUCUCAGGCCAGCGAUGAGCACGUGCCCAACUGGCAGGAACUCGAGGCGCCGCUGUUCAGCUUGCGAGCGAUGGGCCGCAUGGUUGAUCCGGAGGAGAACACGGUCCUGACUCAGGUCAUCCCCUUGAUCGUACAGAUCCCCAACCAGGAGAAGGUUCGGUUCCAGGCCAUCAUGGCGCUCGCGCGCUACACGGAAUGGACCGCACAGCACCCAGAGACGCUCGAAGCACAGCUUAACUACGUCAUUUCUGGCUUCCAACAUAGCUCCUCGGAGGUCGUCCAGGCUUCGGCUUUGGCGUUCAAGUUCCUCGGAACCGACUGCCAGAAGUUGCUGGGCGGCCACAUUGCGCAACUCCACUCGUUCUACGAGUCUGUGCUUGAUAAGUUGAAGCCCGCCAGUCAGGAGGAAGUAACCGAAGGUGUGGCUGCCGUCGUUGCCGUGCAGCCCAUCGACAAAAUCUACGAGACCAUGAAGCUGUUCUGCGAUCCCAUUAUGAACCGCAUUAUGGCUCUGGCCAAUAACGCCAAGGAUGAACAAGGCCAGCGCGCCGUUGCUGAUCAUCUCCAAUUGAUCACGAUCUUCGUGCUGGUCGUCAACCCUUACGUUUCUCGUGGUGAAGAGAACCCCGCCGUCAAGUAUUGCGGCGAAAUUCUCCCGAUCAUGACGACGAUUGCCUUGAACUUUACUGAAUCCACCCCGAUUUUGGAGCGUGUUUGCCGCUGCUGGCGCAACAUGAUCAUCUCUUACCGAACCGCCAUGACGCCUCUUCUUCCUACGCUUGCCGAAAGUCUUGCCAAUGGAUUCCAGGCGUCGCGCGAAGGGUGCUUCCUGUGGGCUACCGAUGCCGUUGUGCGCGAGUUCUCCGAGGGAGCCGAGUUUGUCGACCCCAUGACGAGCAGCGCAGUCUUCCAGUUCUACGAGCAGCAGGCCACUGCCUUCCUACGCACUCUCAACGACCUUCCUCCCGAGCAAUUGCCCGAUGUGAUCGAGGACUUCUACCGACUCUCGUCCGAUGCCGUUCGCUACUAUCCCAAGGAAUGCAUCUCGUCGUCUCUUUCGGUUCCUAUCUUCACUGCAGCUCUCAGCGCUCUCACUCUGCAGCAGGUGGAUCCGCUCAUCGCCACCCUGCACUACUACCACGAUCUCUUCAGCUUUGCGUUCGAGAGGCCGGCCAUAUCUGAGUUCACCAGCUCCAACGGGGACCCCUACACGAAUCCCCCGGAGGUCCGCGAAGCAGUCAAGCAACUGAUCGCAUCGCAGGGCCAGGCCUUGUCCCAGCGUAUCAUGACGGGCAUGAUGUUUUCUUUCCCCGGGGACUGUUUCGCUGAUGCGUCUGGCGUGAUGAUGUCGCUGUUUGAAUUGAUGCCUCAGGAAGCGGGAAUGUGGCUACAGUCGACCCUCCAGAUGCUGCCGCCCGGCACGAUGAAGCCCAACGAGGCGGAGCGUUUGCUCAAGGGCAUCUCUGACAAGGUGCAAUCAGGAGAACUCCGAAAGAUCCGUGUCCUGCUACAAGACUUCACCAACUCGUACCGACGGAGGAACGUGGCACCCAGAGAAGGGCUCGGUCGACUCGAGGCUACCCGGUUCCGGUUUAGUGGAUAAUAGAAGCAGGGGAAGGAGACAAGCGAAAGGGAAGACGGACUGAAUUCAUACAACCGUUCAGCUUGAGUUGGGGACCCCCAUUAUCCAGCCUAUGACACUUUCGUCGACGCCCGCCCACGGGUAUCAACUAUGCUUAGCGGCACGUCGUGAGAAAACCGGGCGAGAACGCACCACUGAACGCGUGCUGCGCGUUUGUUAAAAGGCAGAUUUUUCAAAUUUCAAAAAUCAUCAAUAUUUCUCCCCAGCGCAAAAAGAAAGAAAAAACCACACCUACCUCGAAAUUUCAUCCCACUCACACAGCCUUACUGUAUACGAUCUUCCGGGCGGGUGCUUGUCGAUGUCAAAAUAUAGCCUGUUAUGGGAAGAUGGAUAUAUUCGGUCGCCGAAGGGGUUGUCGUCGCGGUCGGUGGCCCCGAGACGUUUGUAAUAACGCUAUUUUAUUAGUAUUUAGUUAGGGAUUUAGAGUGGGUUUAUAAUCA